AUGCGUCCGAUCAACCCUGCCUUCUACCUGGUCUCACCCCAAUGUUCUGCUCAGGUGUACGUGUACGAGAUCGACACCGCGCCCAUCCACGACCCGCUGACCGUCCGCUACCGCAUGCACUGCCCACGCGACCUGGACCUAGCCUCCAUGCGCGCCGCCGCGGCGCUGCUGGUCGGGCGCCAUGACUUCACGCAGUUCAGCAACGACACGGCCGAGCGGCUGCGGCGCAACCCCGUGAAGGACCUGCGGCGCCUGGACGUUUUGGAGUGCGCCGGCGGCGCCCUGAGGCUGGAGGUCCGCCACAUGGUGGGGGCGCUGGUGGCGGUCGGCAGCGGGAAGAUGGGGCUGGCAGACAUCUCACGGCGCCUGGAGCUGGGCAGCAGCGAGGCGCCAGGCGCCGGCGGCACGUGGCGCGGCUACAAUGUCGUCCCUGGCAAGGGCCUGUGCCUGUUCCAGGUGCAGUAUCCCAUGGGGGUGGACGACCCGAGCCGGCUCCUGUUCCCGGACCUGCCGCACGACGAGCACGGCCGGCUGCUUGCGGCCGCGCCUGGCGCGUUGAGCGAUGAAGACAGCUGUGACUGA